CGGAGUCCGGGCCAGCCGCCCGGCAAGUCCAGCGUCAUCCUGCUCACCUACCUGCUCACCACCCUGGACUUCACCUGCCUGUUCAUGCAGUUUUCCAUCUUGCCUUACGUGUCCCGGGAUCUGGGCCUUGACACCGUGGUCUUUGGGUACCUGCAGACCACCUUUGGGGUGAUGCAGUUGCUGGGCGGACCCGUGUUCGGCAGGUUCGCCGACCAGCGCGGGGCGCGCGCCGCCUUGUCGCUCUCAUUCCUGGCGGCCGCGGGGCUCUUCGCGUUGCUGGCCGCCGCCUGCAGCCCCGCGCUGCCCGGCGCCCUCCUGCUGUUCGCCUCGCGCCUGCCCGCGGCGCUCAUGCACACCUUGCCAGCCGCCCAGAUGGUCAUCGCCGACCUGUCCCCACCCGAGAAGCGGCCCGAGGCCCUGGGCCGGCUCGGCCUCUGCUUGGGCGUGGGCAUGAUCCUGGGCUCCAUGCUCGGCGGGACCCUGAGCGCCGCGUGCGGGCUUCAGUGUCCAGUCAUUGCAUGCCUCGCAGCCAGCCUGCUGGGGAUGGUCCUCAGUCUCACCUAUAUCCCCACUAGCACCAAAGGGGCCGGCUCCAACGUCCGGGCCUCCCCGCCAGACGGCGCCCAGGCCAGUGUGUUUGACCUCAAGGCCAUUGGCCGGCUGUUGCUGCUGCCCGGCGUCCUGCGAGUGUUCCUGGUCAGGGUGGUCUCCGGCUUCCCCUCAGGGGUCUUCAUGGUCAUGUUCUCUGUCAUAUCCAUGGACUUCUUCCAGCUGGAUGCCGCGCAGGCCGGCUACCUCAUGUCCUUCUCUGGGGUCCUGCAGAUGCUGGUCCAGGGCCUGGUCAUCGGGAGGCUCAGUCGCCACUUCUCGGAGGAAGCGCUGCUGCGGGCCAGCGUGCUGGUCUUCAUGCUGGUGGGCCUGGCCAUGGCGUUCAUGUCCACUGUGCUCCACUUCUGCCUGCUGAUGCCUGGCUUCACCUUCAGUUUCUGCUUGCUUGGCGUGGUCACGGACAGCAUGCUGACCAAGGCCGUGUCGCCCUCCGACACAGGGACCAUGCUGGGCCUGUGUGCAGCCGUGCACCCCCUGACCCGCACCCUGGGGCCCAUGCUGGGCGGCCUGCUCUACCGCAGCUUCGGCGUCUCCGUCUUCGGCUACCUGCAGUUCACCGUCAACCUGCUGGUCCUGCUGCUGCUCUCGCGGGCGCACCGGAAGGGGGACAAAGUCCACUGACUGCUGGCCCUGGGCAUGGCCCAGCAAUAAAACUCCUGCCCGCCCCC